UACAAACAUGUGGGAAGGUGGAUUUUAACGCGUGUUUAUAAUUUCAUGACAUAUGCAGAAUAUGAGUCUGUUACCUAAAAGCGUGGAGGAGUUCAGCUCAGCUGAUUACUGGGAGCGAUUUUUCCGCAAACGGGGAGAAAAAGUGUUUGAAUGGUAUGGAGACUACAACUCACUGUGCGGUGUGCUCCAUAAAUAUAUCAAACCCAGAGAUAAGGUUUUAGUGGUGGGUUGUGGAAACUCAGAGCUAAGUGAGCAGCUUUAUGAUGUUGGCUACCGCUCCUUAACCAACAUUGACAUUAGCGAGACAGUCGUGAGUCAUAUGAACCAACGAAAUGCCCAGCGACGAUCUGACCUCACAUUUAAUCAGGUAGAUGCCACCCAGACAGGUUAUGAAGGUGACAGCUUCCAAGCUAUUCUGGAUAAGGGUACUUUGGAUGCCAUGGCGUCAGAGGAGGAAGGCAUUGUGGCUGGACGCAUGCUGGCUGAAAUGGGCAGAGUUUUGGUCGUGGGUGGGCGCUACGUCUGCGUGACUCUUGCCCAAGAGCAUGUGAUAAAGCUGGCAGUGGAACACUUUGCCGACGCUGGAUGGGCCGUACGGAUCCACUGCUUGAGCCAGCAGAGCCAGGACUCGGAUUCCUCAUCGUUUGCUCUGCCUGUUUUUGUUCUCGUCUGCACCAAGUUUCGUCAGCCACCUCCUUUUAAAGUGCUAGAAAUGUGCCUGGGUGAGGACGGUGCCCCCUGCAGACUGCCUUCAGUGUCUGAGCUAUUGGCUGCAGUGAAGGAACACCAGUCCUAUGCACUUGUACUUCAGAAGCUGAAAGGUGGCACAGACCCUGGUAGCACACCCUCUCUCACACUGUGUCAUGCAACCACUGGUCGUCCUCGAUACACAUUAACUAUCCAGGACAGUCCACCUUCCACCAAGGUGCCUCGCUCCAACCACUUUGCGAUAUUCAUUGUUCCUCAAGGUCGUGAAUCUGAUUGGUUGUACGGGUCAGCUGAGGGUCGUGCUCAGCUAGCCUCCAGCGCUAACUUCCGGCGACUAAUCAUUGUUGCGAUGCAUCGAGACCAGGAAUAUAAAGACAUGCAAGCAGUCCAGUCAGAACUCUCUCCCAUGGUGAUGGAUCUUGCUCCUCCAGGAAUGCCAGCUAAUCAUCAGGUUCCGUUCUUGUCUGUUGGAGGUGACCUAGGCUGGAGAGAAGUUGUGGGCAGAGGGGUCAGUGAUCUAACAGGCAAGUACUCUGUAGAAGAUGUCAGAGGAGAGGAUGGUCAUCUGUACCGUAGAUUGAUUUUCAUGAAAAACUCUCAGCUAGUGCAGUCCGAAAGCCGCCUGCGAUCCACCACAAGUCUUUCGGCUCAAAAAAAGAAAAACAAAAAGAAAUCAAAACACACAGCCCCCGACCCUCCAGCUUCAGCUGGCAAACAUCACACUAUAGACAGAGGGUUUCUGUGUUGUACUCACCAUGAGGUGAUGGUUGCAGGCCUGGCCAUGCUGGGGAAGGACAUCAUCAUUAAUAAAGAUGCAAAGGUAUCGGUGUUGGUGGUGGGACUGGGUGGCGGAGGACUUCCCCAGUUUAUCCGAGACUUCGUGCCUGGUGUGCGGGUGGAAGUGGUGGAACUUGACCCAGCCAUGCUGGAGGUGGCAAAGACCUGGUUUGGGUUCCAAACUGAUGACAGACUGAAAGUAAUACUGGGAGAUGGCCUAGAACACAUUAGCACACUGGAGAGCAAGGGUGGCCAUUUUUAUGAUAUCAUUAUGUUUGAUGUGGACAGCAAAGACCCCAAACUGGGCAUAAGUUGCCCUCCUCCUGCCUUUGUAGAAGCAUCACUUUUGGAGAAGGUCUGCAAGUUGUUAACCCCUCAAGGAGUGUUUAUGUUAAAUCUGGUGUGUCGUGACUCUGUGUUGAGGAAGUCAGUGUUGGGCCGUUUACAGGCCGUUUUUUCCAAUGUACUUUCUCGUCCUAUUGAGGGAGAGGUAAAUGAGGUACUGCUGUGUUCCAUGAGGGCAGGUGAAGGAGACAAGCCUUUCAAAACGCCUCAAGAGCUGCAGCAGUCUGCCAAAAACUUACAGGGGGCACUAAGGAGCCACAGUCAGAAAGCUUCCUGCAGCCCUCAGAUUGACAUUACAGAAAUGCUAAAUGAUUUGCGGGUAGCUUGAUUACAAGUUGCUCGGUCAGAGGAUAACUGUGUGCGUGUAUGCCAAAAAUGCAGGGCCGUAAUCACAAGUAAUAAAGUAAAAUCCCCCCCCCACACACACAAUACACCGAUGUAAAAAAUAUAAAUAAACAUAUUUUACUCACUA